GAACCUCUGGAGAAAGGCCUGUUUCAAUGGUGGGAGGAUGCGCAGCAGGGAGGGGAAUUCCCAUCACCCAGAUGUCCCCUGUGGAGGCGGUACCUUCUGGUAAGGCUGUCCCCUGAAGGGCACGGACUGGGCCUGCUGUGCCAGCUGAUUGGGAAGCCCACGUGUCAGACUUUCUUUCAGGGGAUCCUUAUCAUCAGGAUGGCAGCUACUACUGAUAGACUGGGAAGCUGCUUCCUUCGCCAUCUCCUUGUGGCUCACUGAGCUGGGCCUCUGGAUGAUCCCAGAUGGAGAAUUGUGCUGGGGAGAUCUUACAACAUGCUUCUGAAUUACUGUCCUCCUUAAAAACUAGGAGUCCAGAACUGUCGGUUCUACGCACGAGAAACAGUGAUGACUCAUAGUUGAAAAGACACUGAAAUACAGCCUGGAGAAUAUCAUUAAAAGGAGAAGAUGGGAUAACAGAUCUUGCAUGUGGCACAGAAAGGAAGUCCUCUGUCUCUUUCUGUGCCCCAUGAUGUAAAAAGAAAAAAGAAAUUACCUACUGAUAGUUAACUCUGUGGUAGUCAAGUUUCCUGGGACUUUAGAAAAAUAACAAGUGUGGGGAAUUCCCUUGCAGACCAGUGAUUAGGACUCAUGCUCUCACUGCCAAGGGCUGGGGUUCAGUCCCUGGUUGGGGAACUAAAAUCCCACAAGCUGAUUGGUGCAACAAAAAGUUAAAAAAAAUUAGCAAGCAUGAGCCUCACUCUUCUAGUUCCUGAUUGUACACAUACACGCACACGUGCACUGGGCUAGUCCAGCUUCACAGGAAAUGGAAUACUGAAGAGUUCAUGAGGAGGUUUGUGAAUUUAAUCUUACAAGUUUCCAAAGUGGCUGGGAUCCAUUAGAAACUGAAGCGGCGGAGACCUCUGUCAGCUGUGGUCCCCACUUCUUGGAGCAGAAGGCCAGAGAGAGAGAGAGCUGUUUGAACUCGUCUCAUUCACACCAGUUGAACACCAGCCUUUGGAUACUUUCAAAGUAGACUGUGAGUCUCCCUUGGAUGGCCCAGAAAAAGUAACAUCCUGCAAGCGGCUGUCAGAGGUCCUGAGAACACAAAGCCGUCUGGUUGUCCUUCCCCCUGUGUCGAAUGGCGUUUGUCUCAGUAGCCCACUGAGGGCUGUCUUCCUCAGGAUUCUGAACUUGUAACUAGGAGUCUGGGCCGUGAAGAUGCUGAGUUCCAUCAAGUGUGUGUUGGUGGGAGACUCUGCUGUGGGGAAAACAUCUCUGCUGGUACGUUUCACCUCGGAAACCUUCCCUGAGGCUUAUAAGCCUACAGUAUAUGAAAAUACAGGUGUAGACGUCUUCAUGGAUGGGAUCCAAAUCAGCCUGGGCCUCUGGGACACGGCCGGCAACGAUGCCUUCAGGAGCAUCCGCCCUCUGUCCUACCAGCAGGCAGACGUGGUGCUGAUGUGCUACUCCGUGGCCAACCACAACUCCUUCCUGAACCUGAAGAACAAGUGGAUCGGUGAAGUCAGGAGCAACCUGCCCUGCACCCCCGUGCUGGUGGUAGCCACCCAGACGGACCAGCGGGAGGUGGGGCCCCAUCGGGCCUCCUGCGUCAAUGCCAUCGAAGGAAAGAGACUGGCCCAGGAUGUGAGAGCCAAAGGCUACCUGGAGUGCUCGGCCCUCAGCAACCGGGGCGUCCAGCAGGUAUUUGAAUGUGCCGUCCGAACUGCUGUCAACCAAGCCAGGAGACGCAACAGGAGGAGGUUCUUCUCUAUCAAUGAGUGCAAGAUCCUCUAAACUCCAGAGACUUCAUCCCACAUUGACUCACUCACCACAAAUACCAGCUGGGACAGAGAGAGCAGGCAAGCCAGCAAAGAACUGCUGCUCUUUCUGGGCAUGGCCUGACUGGCUUUUACGACAGGAUACAGUUGUUGAUGGGACUUGGCCACUGGAUAUUUUUUAUAAUAUGUACUCUACGAAUGAACUCUUUGUCCAGUACAAUUAGAAGAUUCCUUGGGACACUGUAAUGACUAUUUCAUCUUUGAUUCAAAAACCAAAGUGGUCUCCACAAUUUUGGACAAUGAAGUGAGUUUUCCAAAGAAUACCAUAUUUAAAGACACAGUUUAUUUAAAUAAUAACAAAUGAACAGCAUUUGUAUAUAAUUAGUUUUCACACUUGGAAAGUCUUUUCCUCCCUACUCACAAACUGAUGUGUGAGUGAAAUGACCUUACAGGGCUCUGACAUAUGUUCAUAGUGUUAGCAUUUUCACCUGAAGUAGUAAUUUUGUUGAAAUCACACUUGCCUGUUAGAUUUUAUUAGGUAACCAAUUUUAAAAUCACUGUAAACUGAUCCUUGCAAUUAAUUUUCCACUCAUUUUUUAUUCAAAGUUGUAUAUAUAAAAUACAGUUAAAUGACAUAAGAUUACUGUAAUACUGCCUAAUGAUUUUUAAAUGGCUAUCAUUUUAUGUCUGUAAUUAGUGAAAAAAACUAUUUCUUAUGGUAUUGCCUUUCACCCAAAGAAUUUCAAUUAUGCACUAAGUAUUCUGUCAUUCACUGAAACAGACUGAAGGAAAACUUAUCAGGUAGAGAAUCAGACUGCCGUAAGUGAUAGCAGCAGAACUUGGAACAGAUGUGAGGAAGUCUUACUUUCAUUUCAGAGACUGCUGCACUUUGCCUGCUUCCUAACUUAUUGUAGGUCUUAUGAAAGAGCAGGCUCAAAGUUAUCCAUAAUAGAUUUGUUGUUUGAGCUCUAAACCAAGCUAGCAUGGCAACAUAAUUCAUUAAUUUUAGGAUCUAAUCAGAAUAAUUGGGGCAGUGUCUACAUGAAUGAUAUGUGUUUAAAGGGAAAAAGGGAAUUUAUAGCUUUUACUAUUUCUUGAGUAUGAAACAUCUGAGUGGAAAAAAAAAUCACAAAUUCCAAGGACAGGUAACAGGAAAACUGUAUAGCAAUUGUAAUACAAAGUUAUCAGGGGAAAUACUGAAUCAAUAGGAACAUCCCCCCACCAUUCUAUCUGAUAGCUUAAAAGCAACAGUAUUAACCAUCUAUUAAAGCUGAAAACAGAGGACUAUGUAACUUAAGAAAUUGUCAAGCCUGAAACCCUCAUAUUGCAUUUACUUACUUAUUCAAAUAAAACCUAGAACUACUCUGAACCAUGUUUAUUAAAGUCCGUCAUUGUUAUGGUACAGCAUGUUUAUUAAAGUCCAUCAUUGUUAUGGUGCAGCAUGUUUAUUAAAGUCCAUCAUUGUUACGGUACAGCAUGUUUAUUAAAGUCCAUCAUUGUUAUGGUGCAGCAUGUUUAUUAAAGUCCAUCAUUGUUAUGGUGCA